AUGCCCACCCCCGAAUCCGCCUCCUUCCUGGCCAAAAAGCCCACCGUGCCCCCGACCUACGACGGCGUCGACUACGAGGACAGCAGCGCGGUCCACAACGCCCGGGACGCGAUUAUUCGGGAGCAAUGGGUGCGCAGCAUGAUGUCUCGUCUUGUGGGCGAAGAAUUGGGCAAGUGUUAUGCGCGCGAGGGCGUCAAUCAUCUUGAGAAGUGUGGGGUUUUGAGGGAAAAAUACUUCGAACUCCUCGGCGAGCGCAAGAUCAAGGGUUACCUGUUCCAGGAGAAGAACUAUUUCUCGAACGAGAAGUCUGCCUAG